AAUAGUUUAAUGUGGUCGGUUAGACCGACCUAGAUGAUCUGGAUAGAAGUAGAAGAGAUCGUAUUUGUAAUUUGGAUUAGGAUUCGUUUCAAUUUACAGAUAUGGACAGUCCAAAAUUUCUACAAAUUCGUGAAACCAAUUUGGAUCGUGAUUUUCCGAACCCUAGAAAUCCCUUAGCCGAUCAAUAAAUCUUCUCUUAAGCCGGCUUCUGUUUCUGUUUCUGUUUCUGUUUCUGUUUCUGUGUUCGAUUGAAGGAUUUUAGUGUGGGAGAUAUGAACAUGACGGAGAAGAAUUCGUCCCCGAGUGGAUCGGCCACUAUGCAGGACGAGAAGAAUCACGAAACUGAGUUGGAUAUGAGGCCCGGCGGCAUGUUCGUCCAGAAGCGGGAAGUUGAUAAUGGCGCCGAUGUUUCUUCCAGCGACGCCAUGAUCUCCGUCAGUGUUACUCACGGCUAUGGCCCUACUAAGUACAAGAUUUUCCUUCCUCCCCAAUCCACUUUUGGUGAUAUGAAAAAACACCUUGUAGCGAAGACCGGUUUGCAGCCCGAAGAGCAGAGGCUCCUGUUUCGAGGUAAGGAAAAGGAUGACGAUGAGCAUUUGCAUACUGCAGGUGUGAAGAAUUUGUCAAAGAUCUUACUCUUGGAGGAUCACACAAGCAAACAGAAGGUGGUGGUGGAAGAUGUUAAGGUGGUGGAAGAGGUUAAGAAAAGUGACACGUUUUCAAAGGCAUCAGAAGCCAUAGCUGAGGUUCAGUCCGAGGUCGAUAAGCUUUCUGAAAGGGUUGCUGCCUUGGAAGUAGCUGUUAACGGUGGCACGAAUGUUGCAGACAAAGAAUUCAUUGUGUUAACAGAGCUGCUGAUGAGACAAUUGUUGAAAUUGGACAGUAUCGAUGCUGAAGGAGACGCGAAGUUGCAGAGGAAAGCUGAGGUACGCCGUGUCCAGAACUUCGUGGACACACUCGAUGCGUUGAAGGCAGGAAAAUCUAACCCAAUCAGUAACAAUCACAACACGGUUGCAGUGAAGACCGAAUGGGAGACCUUUGACUCGGGAGUUGGUAGCUUGACUCCCCCAUCCCCUGCUCCAUCUUCUACAAGAGUAACUCAGGAUUGGGAACGGUUUGAUUAGCUCAAUCAAACCACCUCAUGAGUCCAUUUAUUUCAUGUCUAUUAGUAUUAGUCAAUCAUAGAGAAUACCAAAUACCUUCCCCCCGACCCCGACCCCAUUUUAAAUUAAUGACUCUGGAAAGCUAUCCAUUCUUAGAAAUUGAGUUGCUGCAAUAUUAAGUUAGUAUUUAAUGAAUGAAAACAGGUUGAGCACAAGGAAAUGACUGGAAUCA